AUGGCGGCCGCCAAGGCGUUGAAGAAGGUGGAGAAGAUCCGCCAGAUAGUGCGGCUCAAGCAAAUCAUGAUCCGCUGGAAGCUCACCAGCCUCCGCCUCCGCCCCGCUCUCUCUUUUUACAACGACGACGAUUCCGCCUCCUCCGGCUCCGCCCGCCGCACCCCCUCCGGGUUCCUAGCCGUCUACGUCGGACCGGUGCGGAGGCGCUUCGUCAUUCCGGCCCGGUUCGUCAACCUCCCGGUCUUCGUCGACUUGCUGGAGAAGACCGCCGAGGAGUUCGGCUUCGAAACCACCGGCGGCCUCGUCUUGCCUUGCGAGGUUUCGUUUUUCAAGGAGAUCCUGAGGUUUCUGGAGAAGGACGAGAGGAGGUUUGGCAAGUUGUCGCUGGAUGAGUUCUUGAAGAUGGUGACUGAUGCGGUGGGAUUCGAUUCUUGCAAGGCGGCGGCGGCUUCCGGCGCCUCCGCAUCGUUCUCUCCUCUGUUGCAGGAAGCUAGGGCUUGACAGAUUCUUCUCUCAGGUUUUUUUAGGGUUCUGAUUGAAUUGAAUUGAAUCGAUCCAAUACCUUUUGUGUUUUUUUGGGGAAAAGGUGUUUUAGUG